CCCUGCUUUUUUUCCUCUGUAAGUACAGCCAAGCUUGAUUUUCCAGCCUGACUGUUCAACACAACUGUUCACAUCCAGCAUCUGAGACCGUAAAGAUACAGACGUAACAAGGGGAGCUGAGUGAAACGUAUAGGACCACCGGAGAGACCACCCUGGAGAAGGAGACCACUACUAGGACAAGGCUACUGAGCUCACAGCUAAGGUGGAGCACAGCCAAGACGUUGAUGCCAACAGCAUUAGCUACUUCAAUGGAUACCCGUCAUUACGAGGCACCCCAGAGAGACACACGGGAGCGGUGGUCUCCAAGUGAGCAGGUGUCCGUUUCGGCUGCACACACAUCAGUAAGUCAGGAGGGCCCACAGUCAGCGUCUUUGAUGGAGUCAGAGCAGGAGCUGCUGCACUGUGAGAACGAGAUCACCGCACUCCUGAAUGUAAUUGCUGAACUCAACGCAAAGGUCGGCGGUCUGAGUGGAUCUCGGGCAAAUGCAUGUGAUGAACCAGCUGAAAUGGGGGCACCCAGCAUUCCCAUGAGAGAAUCCCAGACUGUUGGGUCAAAACAGUGCCUCCUGCAGGCCAGAGCAUCUCUAGAGUCCUCUAGAGCAUCUCCUGACGCAAAAGAGGGCAGCGCAGGGUCAUGGCUGGAGUUGCAGCACGUCAUGACAGACCUGGAGAACAGCAUUCGGACUUGGAGGGCAGAGGCGGCCUCUACCACCGCACAAGAUGCUGAAAGAACCCACAAGAACCUGAAGGCAGCCCAAGAGUGCUGGACACAUGCCACCCAGGUGCUUGAGGAAUUGGAACGAGACCUCGGGAUUGUAUCUGCUUCGGGACUGAACUCAGAGGAAAGCAGCAGAUAUGAGAAGGACGUCACCCUCUACAGAUGUAAAAAUCAGGAGCUCCGAGCAGCCUUGGCGUGUAAGGAAGAGGAGCUUAAAAAGUCCAAGGUCAGCCUGAGCUCGCUAGAACAAGAAAGGGUCAGAUUCCUGAAAAAGGUGCUGGAUCUUCAGAGCAGUUUGCAGGUGAGGUCAUCUGGGUCUUCACCCCCUCUCAGCCCUUCCAGCUCCUCAAGCGAGGUGUCCAGUUCAUGCUGGGCUUCACCUCCCCACACCAGCUCUCCUGGGCCCGCGAUAGGCAAACUGUGUUCUUCACCCCUGGGGGACAGCGGAGGUGACACACCAGGCAGCCCGCCAGCCCUGACCAGGGCACAGAUGUCUCCGCAGGCUUUGAUGGCAGGCGGCUUUGAGAGCGAAACUGAGCGGCUUCAAAGAUGCAUCGAGAGGUUGAAAGCACGUAAUGACCGCCUGUCUGCAGCUCUGGACAGAAGGAAAGGAGAGGCCGAGCAGAUCAGUAUGGUGCUGGAUCAGCAUGAAUCACGUCACACUGCCCUGCAGCUGGCGCUCAAGUCCAGUGAGGCCUGUGAGCAGAUGUUCAGGGAGCUGCUGGAGAUGUACGAGACGAGGAAUGUGGACCUGGUUAGCACACAAGUGACAGGGGAGCCAAAUGGGAGAGGGAAAAGUCCAGAGAUGGAGAAAUCACUCCGGGAACCAUUGGAAGGAUCAGAAGGAGCAAUGCACAAAAGAAUCCAUGGGGCUCCCCCUACAGGUCGAGAAGUAGCAUUACGGGCCCACAUCCAGCAGCUCAAGCAGGAAAGAGCAGCAAUGAAGAUCCCCAUACUGGAAGCAAGCGCAGAGGGGAGGCCUACGCCGGACACAGACACCCUUCCUGGGCCCAGACCGCUACACGCCUUGGACACUCCGAGUCCGAAACGGGAGAAAGCCACCCUGCUGCAAGAACUUGUAGGAGUCAGGGAGGAGAUGGCAGAGCUCCGGAGUGAAAUAAAACUUGCAGAAAAAGAGCGCCGAUACCUGGAAUGGUGUUUGUCCGUUCAGAAAGCACAGGAGGUGGCCACUGCUUUGAUCCUGGAGUGUCGGAGAAGUGAAGAGGAGGAGGAGGAAGAGAAGGACGGGGCGAAGCAGAGCUCAGCUGACUGGGUGACAACGGGCGAGGCGGCGCUGGCCUUCAGAAACCAUCCUGUAAUGCGUCAGAUUCAGGCAGCACAGCAACGGGAGCAGACCUUGAAGAAGCGCACGCAGGCUCUGCGCAGCUCCCUGGAGGCGGUCAUGGCUGAGAGUUCGGCACGAGGAAGACGGACGGGGGAGCUGACGAGGGAGCUGACGAGGGCGCACAGCAGCGUGGCCACUGCCUACAAGGGAGCUCGCAGGAAGUACCAGGAGCAGCUGUGGCUUUUGGAUCGGCAGAUGGUGGCGAUGAAGGAACGGCACAGCAUGCAGAUCAGUGGCCUGAAGAACGAGCUUCGAGAGCUGGAAAAUAAACGGGCAGAGACCACCCUGUGACAGGCCCAGCACCACGCUGUCCAGUGAACCCUGUCAAAUCCAAUUGUGUUAAAGAAUUCCAAAGCCUUGUAAACAUGUGGAGAUGUGGGGAACUCACCCUGGAGAAGAAACGGACUGAAGGAGGGAAACAUCCAGGUGUUCUGAACACGACGGAACAGACCAGCAAAUACCAACUGUUAACACUGCAGUCGUCACGCUGGCAUUAUUACCAGUGGCUGGUAGAGGCACACACUAUUAAAAUAAAAUGAAAAAGGCUACCUGAA